CCAGCCAAUACCAACCCCAACCCAAUCUCUCUCUCUCUCUCUCUCUCUCUCUCUCUCUCCCCCCUUAUAUUAACCUUUCCACACUCUUCACAACUUCAGGGCUCAACCUCAAAAUCCAGCUCUCCCAAACUCAAACUCAAAUACACAGAUACAUAACACUUUUGAGUCCUUUCACUCUCUCAAUCUCCUCUUUCUUUCUUCCCUUCUGACACAACCAAACCAAAAAGAAAAACACACCCAAAAAAGAAAGAAAUAAAUUAAGCUAUGCAGAUGGCUUCUCCUCCAGACACAAGCAAGACCAUAAAGCUAGAGCGCUACAACAGCUAUCUCCGCAGAGUAAACAGCACAAAACUCCUCAAUGCCUCCUCCAAGAUCUUGUUCCGAGCCACUCUCCUCAUCGCCCUCGCCCUCAUCUUCUACUUCACCCUCAAUUACCCUCCCCUCAUUUCCGAUGCUACUCCUGGCCGCCAUCUCCACACUCACCACAACUUCCUCUCCUCCGCCCUCUACGGCCCCCGCGCCGGUGGCCCCGCCUGGGAGAAGCAGGUCCGCCACUCCUCCACCCCCCGCCGUCCUAACGGAAUGUCCGUCCUCGUCACCGGAGCCGGUGGAUUCGUUGGCUCUCACUGUUCCCUCGCCUUGAAGAAACGCGGCGAUGGCGUCCUUGGCCUCGACAACUUCAACGACUACUACGAUCCGUCGUUGAAGCGCGCGAGACAGGCGUUGUUGCUCAAACACCAAGUCUUCAUCGUCGAAGGAGAUUUGAACGAUGGCCCAUUGCUCACCAAGCUCUUCGACGUCGUUCCCUUCACCCACGUCCUCCACCUAGCUGCCCAAGCCGGGGUUCGCUACGCCAUGCAGAACCCACAAUCCUACGUGAGCUCCAACAUUGCCGGGUUCGUGAAUCUAUUGGAAGUGGCGAAGACGGUGAAUCCUCAACCCGCAAUUGUUUGGGCCUCGUCCAGCUCCGUCUACGGCCUCAACACCGAAAACCCAUUCUCCGAAUUGCACCGGACUGACCAGCCGGCAAGUCUCUACGCCGCCACCAAGAAAGCUGGGGAAGAAAUCGCUCACACCUACAACCAUAUCUACGGGCUCUCCCUCACUGGCUUAAGGUUCUUCACCGUGUACGGGCCUUGGGGUAGACCAGACAUGGCGUACUUCUUCUUUACAAAGGACAUCUUGCACGGUAAGGCCAUUGACAUAUACCAGACACAGGACGAGAAGGAGGUGGCGCGUGACUUCACGUACAUCGACGACGUCGUGAAAGGCUGUCUAGGGGCGUUGGAUACGGCCGAGAAGAGCACUGGAAGCGGCGGGAAGAAGCGGGGACCGGCGCAGCUGAGGAUCUACAACCUCGGGAACACGUCGCCGGUGCCGGUCGGAAAGUUAGUGUCCAUAUUGGAGGGGUUGCUGAGCACCAAGGCCAAGAAGCACGUGAUCAAGAUGCCGAGGAAUGGGGACGUUCCCUACACCCAUGCCAAUGUGACCUUGGCUUUCAGGGACUUCGGUUACAAGCCCAGCACGGAUUUGGCCACCGGAUUGAGAAAGUUUGUCAAAUGGUAUGUAAAUUAUUAUGGGAUUCAGUCGAAGGUAAAGAAGCAAACCAGCGUCGGCAAUGAGCAUACUGAAGAAUCCGAUUGAUGAUAAUCAUCUUCGAAACCAGACUUUUUAUUUUUUGUCGAAUCAAAAUCCUGUUUUUUUUUUUCCCAUUUAAUUUGGUUAAGUUAUUGCCGUGGUCUUUAAAUGUGUCGGAUCAAAUUGUUGAAGCUGUUCUUGAUGUAAAAUAUAGAUAUAGAUUUGUUACAGGAGGACGAUGCAGCAGAGAAAGAGAGAAAAAGGGGAAGCUGUACGUGAGAGAGAGAGAGAGAGAGAGAGGAAAAGUGUAGAUCUGUGAACUGGGGUUGUUGUUGUAAUAAUGUCGGUGGGAUCUGCCAGAAAGGUUGCAGAUAUCAGCCGAUGGAUUGAUAUAAAAAGAAAGAAACAAAGAAAUUUGUGAAA